AUGAAACCGUCGCAUCUCAAACGGCAUCUUAAAACCAAACACGGGAAACAUAACGACAAACCAGUGGAAUUUUUUUUACGAAAACGUGAAGAACUGAAGCAGUCAAAGUCCAUCAUUCAAUCCUGUGGAACACCUGUAGCCAAAGCACAGGAGGCUUCAUAUCGUGCCAGCCUCAGGAUCGCCAGAGCCGCUCAGGAGGAUAUUCUGUUCUGUCAGUCACUUGAAACCAGAACUACGGCAGAGCACAUAUUCCAGCUACUGAACGCGUUUAUCCAUGAGAAUGGACUGGACUGGAAAAAGUGUGUGGGGGUGUGUACAGACGGCGCGAGGGCUAUGACGGGUCGUAACAGCGGGGUAGCCACUCGCAUCAGAGAGGUGGCACCUGAGAUGCGCUGGACUCACUGCAGUAUCCACCGUGAGGCACUGGCAGUGAAGAAGAUGCCUGAUGACCUGAAGUCUGUGCUGGACUCUGCUGUAAAAACUGUGAACUUCAUAAAGUCCAGACCGAUGAAUGCUCGCUUAUUUCAUGUGCUCUGCGAGGAGAUGGGUAGUGAGCAUGUCCAACUCUUGCUUCAUACUGAAAAAGCAGCCAGUGUGUAA